AUGCAGGGACUCAAACCAAUAGUUUCCACUGAAUCCCCAGCUCUGGUUCUUGGGACAACAACUAAACUUGCUUCAGAUUUACCACCAACUGAUUCUUUCUUGGGUAAAAACAAGGUGCCAGACCUACAGAAACUUUUUCAGAGAGCAGAUGGAUUGCCAGUACACCUGAAGCGAGGAGUUCCAGAUAAGCUGCUUUAUCGGACCACUAUGGCUCUAACAAUAGGCGGGACUAUCUACUGUCUAGUAGCACUGUACAUGGCCUCACAACCAAGAAACCAAAAGUGAAUGAACCACAACUCAUGGGACUCAUGACACUUCUUUGAAGGACCUCCUGCAUAUAUCUCUUUGCACUUGCUUUAAUUAUGU